AUGGCUCCUACAUCUACACUCAUGUUGUUAUCCGCAAUGCAUUCGACCACCGUCCUUUCUGAACCCUUCGUCACUCCUUCGACUACCCCGCCCGUCGGCACGACUGUCCUUACCCAUGACCUUUGGAAGGGUGGCCUCGUCUUCGCGGUCGCUAUCGUAUCCGUGGUGGGCUAUUUCUACCGUCGUCGUCGCAAAGACACUAUGUCCAAGCCCAAGGCCCCCAACCUUGUGCUACCAGCCAUUCUACCCCGCGAUGGCUCAGUUCUUUGCUCGCCGUCCGACAUGCCGUACACAGCAUCUUUGAACUGCGAUCAUCCAAUACUCCAGUCUGGAAGGAAUCAACUCGUCAAGCAUGCUGUCUCCACAUGCAACGUUGACAUAAUUUCCAUGAUCGAAACCGGCACUGCGGAGAUCAAUCAGGAGACUGAGGACGAACUGCAUGUCGGCAAAUACAGGGAGGUGGAUGUUACGGAGGCAGAUUGUGAUCGUGGAGUUCAGUUUCGAAUCCCUGCUAUCGCUAUCACUGUCACGGACGACAAUUUCGUCAGCCCAUUGUCUUCCCAGCGUGCCUUAGGUCUGUUCGACAAGAAAGAGUAUGGACCUGAACACGAGGAAGUCGAUGACGAUAUCUCGAUUUAUUCCUCGGAAUCGGCAGAUACCAGUCUCCAUGAUUCCCUGCUGUCAGAGGCCGCUGAACCUGACGUAGACGUCCCCGAGAUCACCUGUGAGUAUCACAUGACUGUCGUUGCAUGCGAGCCGCCGGCUCGAUCAUACGACUUUAACAUUCAAGUCGUCGGUACAACGCUUCGGGGUGGCGCCUUCCUUACUCUACCAGGUUCUUUGCCCUCUCCUUCGAUCAUUCCUGCCGGGUCACGUUCCCCUGAUGCCCGCCGACACGGUCUUGUCGAAAUGUCUGACUUGGCCAGCGCACUCGCAGUCCAGCUCGAUUACCCUCCCCUCGACACAGUUCUUCAGGCAUUCGACGUGCCUUCCGUCCCUCCCACUGCCCGUCGCCAUGGCCAGGUGGAUUUCGCCAGGUACGCGGACGCCCUUGACGUGGAAAGCGGCUUCCUCCUGCGAUGUCAACAUUCUCUUCCCGUAUCAGAUCUCUUCGAGGAAGAGGAGGAGGACUGUCAGGAUAUCAACUCUCGUCUUAUGGACGAUCUUUUGCAGUCUAUCGAUGACGAGGUCGAAUUUUACAGCAGCUUCGACUGUGACGAAGAGUGCGACGACAUCUUCGACGACUCUUGUUCAGCGAACAAACACGUCUCUCCGACAUGGGACUACUUAGACUUCCUGGAGGACGAGACUCGUUCUUUUGCCGCCGACGAGGAUGUCGACUCGGCUCUGGAGAUGGAUGGCUGCAACGAACAAUUUUCUCCAAUACCCGAGUAUUCAGGAUUCCUAGGCGACGAUAUACGCACCUUUCAGGGUUCUUCCGAGGCCUGCAUCCCAGGCUCCUUUUCCAAACAGGGUGAGUACGGUCCCGACGACGAGCUCACAUCAGACCUUCAGCAGCUCCCAACGGACGCGUUGGAAACAUCUCUGAACCAUGUCUCCGGUGGUACCUCAGAGUCUGCGAUUCUCGACCUUAUCCGACUUCUUGACGACCAGACUGUUCUCCACCAACAGCCUGUCUACGGUUCAAUCCCAGAAGUCAACAGCGACGGAUUCAACCUCCUUCGGUUCAUUAAUGAGGACUUGCGACUAUCCGCCGAUGACGAGUACCCAAUUCUCGACUUCGAUCGUGACGACGAUUGCGACGACGACGAUUGCCCCAAGUUUCCCGUGAUCGCGUCUGACUCCAAGUCCUCGUUGUCGGACAGUGAAGAUGGAUAUACCGACGACUACGGCUCGACUCCAUCCCUGGCUUCCGCCUCGGAUAUAGACUCAGAAGAUGAAGAAGUCAUCAUCGCUCCAAUGACAGGUCACACCAACCUCUUUCUCCGUGGCUCUAACCACCGUCGCUCACCCGCUGGAUGCUUCUUGGUCACUCCCGGCACCCCGACGCAGUGCGGCGACCUGGUUGAUGCAAGCUCGUGUAUCAAUGUAACUGAUGGUGAGCCACGAACGCAGAGUUUCUUCAAGUCCUUCCUCAACGCCUACGCUCCGUUCACCGACGAACAUUGGUCUGGGAUCCCGACCGAUGUCCACCCCGCGUCUACGGGACUCUCAGAUAUCAGCCUUGAUCUUUGAUUCAGUGGCAGUGUCAUGACACCGUAGAGUCUUGUAUCGAGGAAUCCGUCAGGGGCACAUCUUGCCUAUCAUUGGACUUCCGCCUGUCCACUGUCGAAUGCCACCUCCC